AUGGCCGUGGUGUUCGCCGUCCGGUUGUUCGCUGUCGUCGCCGCACUCGGAUCCCUCUCGCCGUGGUAAGUCGCGCGUUUCAUCCCCGUCCGCCUGCCAUAACGCUGUGGUGCACGCGUGUAAAGAUCGGUUCGACGAGUUUGUGCGGCGCGGUCACGCCGGGUUAGGAUGCCGACUUGGCCGGUUCGCCGCGCACACGCGGUCACAGUAACGAUACGGCGGCGCGUUUGGCGCCCGGGCACCGCGAACCGAAAAUGAAAACUGUUUUCGAUCGCGUGGACCGUCCCGAAUGUCAUCUGCGCGGAAAAGCGCUGUACAGAGUGUGUUAACGAUCACGUCCGUUUCGUCGCGCGCGAUAAUAUUACGCACUGCACGCGCCGUGCGAUUACUUUAGAUUGACGUACACACUAUUUUGUUGUUGUUGCACUCGUUUUUAUUUUCACACGUUGGACCGAUAAAAGUGGUCAAUUGUCGAUCGGCGGGAUCCGUACGGCAGAAUUUUCCGGCCGGGGUUUCGCGCAUUUCGUGACACUGCCAUCUUGCGGUGUAUUAUGUUACAUUGUUGUCGAUUUCAAAUACGUUUUCCUUUUAAAAUAUAUAAUAAUUUACAGAAAAAAAAAAAAAAAAAAAAAACCCGUAAAACGUAUUGUACACGUUAAAAUAAAAUGUGCGGUUCAGUUUGUCCCGGGCAAAGUACGCUUCGCUCGGUGUUACACAUUUCCCGAACGUAUAUAUACAUAAUUUUUAGUAGAAAUCUUGACAGUUGUUCGGAGUCCGGUCAAGGGGCUGGGGCGAAUCUCGGAAAACUCGUUCGAGUAAUGGGUGCCGUUGCAAUAAGAGGGCAGGAAACGCGACCGACCAUAAUGGACCAGACUGCAGGACGAAGCGGAUAUCGAACGAUUCACGUCGCCGAUCUAAAGGAUCGAGUUUGAAAAUCCGAUUAACGGGCGUCUGUAAUCGUGCGUCCGGAAUUUUCCACUUGUCAGACUUAAAAAUUUAUUUUGGACUUUGGGUGAGCCAUUUAAAGUAGAACAGUCAAAUGUCAGAAUAUCUCUUAUUCGGUGGAAGGACAUUACUUGGGGUUUAUCGGGAUUAAGAGGAAAGGCCAGGAAAACAAUUUCUUUAAUCCACCUUGGGGCAAUCGUCGCAAGUUAUACCCGGGUUAAAGACUGUAGCAUUAUCGGCAGACAAUUAUCCGCAGAUAAAAGGUAAAAUUCGAUUGGUCGACUUAAUCUUCAAGUUUCACUUGGAUGGUUUUCCAAGAUGUGUGUACUGUAUAGAGGCGAAUAUUUCCCGCGGCGGAAAAUUUAAUUACGAAUUUGAUUAACGAAAAUAAAAAUCAUUUUUACAUACCGUUUUCUUUUGAACCGAUUUUUAUACAACUGCCUAAUUUUGUCCGUUACUUAAUUUUAUUAUUAAUUUUCGUUUUGUCAGUGUCGCCGACCGAUCCUCCUCUUCCUCCUCCUCCUCCUCCUCCACUUCAGACGUCGGCAAUGUUCCGCAAAAGGCGGCGGCCCAUAUUGCCCCACAAAAGUUUAACGAACUGCUGGGCCAAGGCGCGCCGACCUCCAAAACGCCUUGCAUGUGCGGCGUGUUCCUGAGCAGUCAGAUUGGCAAAGGUGCCGACAAACAAAGUCAGCCCACCGGCUACGCGGCCCUUGUACACGAACACGACGAUCCGGUACCCUGUAACAAGUUGGGCGCCAAGAAUAAUAAUUAUUGCGCCAACAAGUGUUUGGAAAUCGUGAGUUUUUUUUUUUCCGGCCGAUAAACGCCGCGUAUAUAAUAUUCUGAUAUGUGUAAUGACGUUCGGACAGUUGAGUUCAAAAUUCUCUUAAAAAUUUUAGAACCCGUAACGAACUUGAAAAAAAAAAAAUCCAAAAGGUCCAAAGUUCACCAAAACAAAAGUAAAACCGUUUUUAUUAUUCUGCAACAUUUUGCACGUACAUCAUACGAAACAAUACUCGAGUAUCCGAGCUGUACACUUAAAAAUGAAACAAAAUCCGUGGCUAUAACUAAAAAUUACGAGCAUGCAUUUUUUAUGACCAAAAGAAUUGGUCCUAUUUGGACAUUUCAUGUAAUCUUGUAGCAUAUUAGAUUCUGAGCCCAUCGAGGACUGUAUAGGUUUUUCUAUGAUGUGCGCUUUUUUCUCCCUGUCUGUGAACAUUUUUUAAACCAGAAAUUUUGCUUCAAUCAAAACACGAUAAGAGACCCGGUUUGUUGCAUUAUUAAUAUACUUGGUGUAAUAAGGCAGUUAUUUUUUUGAUUUUCCGAGCGGUUUUCAUAACAAUUGGGUAAAACUGAGAAAAACGCGACAAUUUACAGUUUCAUUAUUUUUGAUUUUGUUUCGUUGUUGUAAUUCAGUUAAAAGUAAUCGUGGAGACCUGCAUUUUUCACAGACUAUUAAUAUUAACAUUUUGAGAAUUUCGAAGCCAUUUAUAGGCAUUUGAUACUUUUGAGUUUUUGUGAAACAUAACAUUUUUGCCGAGCAGAAAUGGUUGAAAAUUUAGCACGAAGUUCAUAAAUUGUACUAGUAGAGGGGAGGGGAAAUUGAACGUAAUGUACUCAUAGUUUUUUAUAAGCCGUUUAAGCCCUGAUUUUUUUUUUUUUUUAAAUACUGUAAUUGUACUGGGUUUUUUUUUUUUUUUUUGUCCCCUUUAGAUCGUCAAACACUUGCCAAACAGUGCGGCAAUCAUCUGCGGUUCGGUCGACCGUGACGUCUACAAAGAACGGGUGAGUGUCCGAAAUAUGUCCUGACCGAGACGAACAAUAAUUAACAAAAAUAUAUCAAUAAUAAUAAUAACGAAAAUGGUUUUCAGGCGCAUCUUUUCGUGAAGAACUGCAGCGAUUCUUGGACCAACACGCUGCUGUCGGGCGGCAAAGAGUACUGCUGCAGGGACGGUCAAUAUUACAAAUGCCCGAAAAUAUAA